AUGAUGCCCGCAAGCCCCUGGCGUCGAUAUGGUGUCUGUGUAUCCAAGUUAGCGCGGCGGAACGCUUCCUCUUCUCGCGUCAGCGAUUGGUGCGGCCAGACGCUCUUGGACGUAUCGGACGCUCUUGCACAAGGUCGUGUAUCAGCGGUGGAAGUGACAGAAGCGUGUAUACAACAGGUGGAGCGUACUCGCAGGUUCAAUAUGUUUGUUUCGACGGACUUUGGACGUGCAUUGGCUUUGGCUAAAGCGUCGGACGAGCGUCGCGCAGCUGGUAAGUCCUUGGGACUGUUGGAUGGCAUUCCCAUUGGCGUGAAAGACGUUUUUUGCAUGGAAAACGUGCCUACAACUGCUGGAUCACACAUGCUCGAGGGCUUUGUAUCACCGUACGAGUCAACGGUCACACAGAGAUUGCUGGAUCAAGGGGCAGUGCCUCUAGGCAAGCUGAACAUGGACGAGUUUGCAAUGGGGAGUGGGACGAUCUACUCUAAGUUUGGGGCGACGAUUAACCCGUGGUCGAAAGACUUUGGGGUCCAGGCUGUAGUCGCUGGUGGGAGCUCAGGUGGAAGUGCCGCGGCGGUUGCUUCGGGAUGCUGCUUUGCAGCGUUGGGCUCGGACACGGGAGGCUCAGUGCGCCAGCCAGCUGCGUAUUGUGGUGUUGUUGGACUAAAGCCAACGUACGGGCGAGUGUCGCGCCAUGGUAUGAUUGCGUAUGCAAGCUCUCUCGACACGCCGGGUAUUUUUGCGAGAUCCGUCGGCGAUGCCGCGGUAGUCCUAAACGCUAUUGCGGGACCGGAUCCCAUGGACUCGACAUGUCUGACCGACGCAUUACCGGAAAAAUGGUGCUCAAGUGUGCUUGAAACUUCGAAACAGUGCAAGGAAGUCGAUUUGGCCGGUGUUCGAGUUGGAGUUCCCGCAGAAUACUAUGUUCGUGAACUUCCAGAAGAAAUCGUGAGCGUGUGGAAUCAAGGCAUAGAAUGGCUGCGCAGCGCGGGUGCCCAAGUGGUUAGUCUGUCCCUGCCAACGACGAAGUUAUGUAUUCCAGCCUACUAUAUCCUCGCGUGUGCCGAAGCAUCGUCAAAUUUAUCCCGCUAUGACGGUGUUCGCUACGGUUAUCGGGCGAUCAACGUCGCUUUGGAGUCGCAGGAAGACCAAUCCGAUGCUCUUCAUGACUUGUACUGUCGAACAAGAUCGGAGGCGUUUGGAGAAGAAGUCCAGCGACGGAUCCUUUCAGGUACAUUUGUGCUCUCAGCUGGUGCUGUGAGUGACUACUAUGAACGAGGCGUAAUCUUACGCCAGCACAUUCGCCGGGACUUCCAGCGAGCCUUUGAGGAUCAAGCCAUCGAUGUCUUGUUGACCCCCUCUACUCCUUCAGGGCCGUUUUCUAUCCAUAACAAACAGGCAGAGGAGGAUCCUGUCAGCAUGUACUUGAACGAUGUCAUGACCGUUCCUGCGAAUUUGGCCGGCAUUCCCUCGAUCUCCUUGCCAGCUGCGCUCACGAAGAACGGCGACUUUCCGCUUGGCCUUCAGCUCAUGGGUCCUAACAAGAAGGAAGACAGUCUUUUGCAGGUUGCAAAUGCGCUGCAACAGAGAGCAAAUUUUCGCAAACUUGUUCCUGCACGUGUGUACGCAACUGAUAGAUAA